GGCCACCACCUCGCUAGUUGGGACUGACUAGUUGCGUUCCGAAGUUGCGUACCCUUCUAAUCAAAGGAAGUAAAAGCCAGCCUAUCCUCGCAACUAGUGCAGAGUAACUUCAAGUUCAUCCACGUGGCGUAUAAGGACCCACCGGAGCUGUCCACGUACUUCCGGCGCAAGUCUUCCGACAUGGACAUUUGCACUGAAAAGACCCUGCUGGUCAACCCUAACUGCCCCGUACGGAUAAUGCUGGAGUUUAUUCGCAAGAAAUGCAGACUAGCAAUAACGACCCAGUUCGACCUGUGCGACGAGAGUGGCGUGAUGAAGAACCUCUUCAGCUAUCCCACAUUCCAGUACGUCACGCAGCAGUUCGAGCACAAGAAGAUCUACUACCUCAUUGUUAUCAAAGUGGAAACGGACAAGAUGAUCUCAGUGUUGCCUCAGCUGAGUCGCGACAACAAGUUGUACGUCGAGCUGCAAACCAAGGUGAAGAAAUACAUCCACGGAUAUAGUGGCCUGGACUCCAGCCAACACACUUCUUCUGGAAAGCUUCGCUCGUCUAUGAUAGACAAGAACCAUCAUUUAAGUCUUCACACACACAGGUGAAGAAGCAUUCCGUUGACGAGAUGUAAUUGUUAUUAUUACCUAUUUUCUCUUGUUUAUUUUAUUUCUUAUUUCAAUAUUUAAAUUUAGAUAAUGUUUAAAUGAUCUAAGUUUUUGAAUUAUGUUAUUACUAGCGAUGUGUUUGAAUGUACUUUUACUCGUAAUAAUUCUAAUUGUUGUUUGAUUUUGAAUUUGGAAUUAUUAAAUGGCUGAAAAAAAA